UGCUCUCCGCCGCCUCGCACCGUGCGUGCCGCCCUCGAACUGGUGCGGGAUGAGGCGGGAAAGUAGCCGGGGUUUGUGAGGCUUUUUCAGCCGCAACUUGGAAUGGUAUACGAGGGACGCCUACUGCGACUCGGGUGUACGUGUGUGUGUGUGCUCUUCGUACGUGCGUUAUGUGUUUGUCACUGGUUCGUUCGGUCGCUCGAUAGUCUAGACAGCCGUGGCACCGGUCGUGCGAGGACGAUAUGGUAUAGACUGUCGUGUGGUAGAUGGUCGGAUACGGUUCGUCGGCUUUGUGGUAUACGGUACGGCGGCACGGAGAGUAGGAUGGAAGGCGGGGAUGGGGGACAGGCAGCAAGGCAGGCUGCCAGUAAAAAGAAGCAAGAUACGUAGAGACAAGGCAGAAAGGCACGGGAUCGAGAAUCGGGGAUGCUUCGGCGGGCACCUGCUUCGCUCUGUUCAAGGGGCUGGCCUCCCCUUGGAACUCUAAAACUUAAAGAUAAGGUAUGGGCGGUACCUACGUCUCCAGGAAAGGCACCAAAG